GCCUGAAUCUGCGUAGGAAUUGGAAGGAGGCGUGUUCGCGCAAGCGCACUGGCACUGAAGUGAUGGCGGCGGCCGAUCGGGCGUGGGGAGCUGUGGCGGGUGUAGCCCGGCUGUGCAGGCGGCAUUUUUUGUAUCGUGGGAUUAAUCAGUAGCUGAGUCUUGUACUUUGGGAAGGUGCCUGGGAAUGCUUCAGCAACACUGUUCUUACUCCCACAGUUUGCUCUCCUGGUCUCAAAGGUUCUCUCGAGUGACUCCACACACCUUUAAGAAACAACCUCUGCACCAGUAUGUACGAAGACCACUUUUCCCGCCACGUGCACCCUUGGGUAACACAGUACGAUUCAUGUUUAUUCAAACACAAGACACCCCAAAUCCCAACAGCCUAAAGUUUAUACCAGGAAAGCCAGUUCUUGAGACGAGGACCAUGGAUUUCCCCACGCCAGCUGCGGCUUUGUGCUCCCCCCUGGCCAGGCAGUUAUUCCGGAUCGAAGGGGUGAAAAGUGUCUUCUUUGGACCAGAUUUUAUCACAAUCACAAAGGAGAAUGAAGAAUUAGACUGGAAUUUACUGAAACCAGAUAUUUAUGCAACAAUUAUGGACUUCUUUGCUUCUGGCUUACCCCUAGUGACUGAGGAAACACCGCCAGGAGAAGCAGGUUCUGAAGAAGAUGAUGAAGUCGUGGCAAUGAUUAAAGAACUGCUAGAUACUAGAAUCCGGCCAACUGUGCAGGAGGAUGGGGGCGACGUGCUCUACAGAGGCUUUGAAGAUGGCAUGGUGCGGCUGAAGCUCCAGGGCUCCUGCACCAGCUGCCCCAGCUCCAUCAUCACCCUGAAGAGUGGGAUUCAGAACAUGCUGCAGUUUUAUAUUCCGGAAGUGGAAGGCGUAGAGCAGGUGAUGGAUGAUGAAUCAGAUGAAAAAGAAGCAAAGUCCCCUUAAAUAAUCUUCAUUUUCUUUGGCUACAAGCAUUGGACUUAAUUUCACUGAGUCUGUAUUUGUCUCUGCCAUGGAAGUUGAUUAAUAAAAUGUUUUCUUCCUCCAGAA